CGCAUGCGCACUUAGGUGGCAGGAGCAUACUUAAGGCGCGGCCACCGGGGCUUAAGUACCCUCCAUUGCGCCCAGCAGCGGACUCCGAGACCAGUAGACCUCGGCGGACCCUUGCUCUCGACCCACUUUCAGAACCAUGGCCGCAGUGGCAGCAGCCUCGGCAGAACUGCUUAUCAUCGGCUGGUACAUCUUCCGCGUGCUGUUGCAGACCCUGUCCCCAGUGCGCCCGCGCCCAGCCGGGAACAAAGACUCAGGGGUGCGGCGGUCGCCCGCUGCGGACGAUCGCGACCAACGCGGUGUUCAGGUACUCUCUGCAGAAGCUGGCACACACGGUGUCCCGGACCGGGCGGCAGGUGCUGGGGUAGCGCAGGCACCGAGCCCCCAACUGAGGCCCCAGCUCCCAGCCCUGGGAGGCCGUGUCAUCAGGUGUUCCUGUGCUUCUCAACCAGCAUGGGAGCCAGUGCCACGCAGGAAUGGGGGGUCCCCCGUGCUCCCUCGUCAGAGGAGCACUUGCCAAGGUCAGUGAGGGGCCGGUAGGCCCCCAGAAAAGCAGCACCAACAAUGAUGAAGAUAUCAGUUCCCUUCCUAGCCCCGUUGCCCCUGUCCCACUAUUGCGGGUGGGAGAGGAGGGGGGAAGAGGGGAGCAACUCUCGAGAUAAGGGCAUAGGCACCACAUUCUGAUCUGGACCAAGUCGGAACAGUACCAUCUCAGUUGCACAAGAUCCUACCAUGGAGAUCCAACAUCCCACCAACCAGCAGAAUGGACAUUCUGACAUCACCAGCUGAAGCCCUCAAUCUUGUGCAGAAGAAUAAGUGUCAACUGCAUGCAGCAUGGGGGGAGUGGAGGGCGUGGGUGGAGGAGGAAGAGGAUUAAGAAAACUAGCACGGGGGGGGGGGGGGCCCUCUUGCUGCCCCUUGCCUAUGGCACUCAUAUUCCUGCCCUGCUCCCUCAUUCCCCCUUUCCCCUGCCUUCCAAAGCACACCUACCCUCCAGAAAACGUGUCACUUGAUUCGGACCUAUUCAAUCAGUAACUGAAUCCCACCUUUACCAAAACACCUUCUCUGACCCCUGGCCCUUCACUGAUCUUGCUUAUCCCUGGUCUCACGCUGCAGUUGUGGUCAAUAUUGUGGUAGUCGCUAAUUGUACUGGUUUAAGUGUGCAUUAGUUGUGUCUCCCCAGCUAGAUUGUAAGCUCCUGGAGACAGGGACCACCUCCGCAAAAAAAUAAAAAAGAAAAGGACCUCUCCUGUCUUGUACAGUGUCCUGGGACCUUGCAGGGCAGCGGGGGCGCACCA